AUGUCACGCCGAGGAGAAGACGACGCCAAGAGCACACAGAGUGUCGACAGCCUUGAAGAGCGUCUCAAAUUGGCCCAGAUCAACAGUCGCCUGAACGAAUCCAUUCCUGAUCUUCCAGAGGCUGACUUUACUCAUCCUAGAGACUUCCUCAAAACUGAUAGCGACGAAGACCUGGCUCUGAAGGCGCACACUACAGGCAAGCGACCCUUUGUUCCACCGGUCGAGUCUUCUUCCUCUUCUUUACCACCAGAAUCAUCAACUCCUCAACCCCAGUCUCCGGCCCUACCAACAGAAUCUGAGAUGGAUCGCCGACUUCGUCAAAGCAAGCCACGCUUGCUACUCAUGGGGCAGCGCAGAAGCGGCAAAUCGUCAAUCACCAACGUCGUCUUCCACAAAACUCCUCCUCAAGAGACUCUGUUCCUCGAAUCCACCACUCAAAUCCAGAAAGAUACCAUGCACUCGUUCAUGGACUUCCAGAUCUGGGAUUUUCCUGGUCAAAUUGACUACUUCGAUCCGACUUUCGACACCAACCAGAUCUUCUCCGAAAUCGGCGCGCUGGUCUGGGUCAUUGACGCACAAGACGACUACUCCGAGUCGUUGAACCGGCUCACUACCACAAUUCUCAAUCUUCAGACCACUUUCCCGCACGUCAACGUCGAAGUCUUCAUCCACAAAAUCGACAGCUUGAAUGAUGAGUUCAGAACUGAAGUCUACCAGGACAUUGCGCAACGUGUCGGUGAUGAUUUGAACGACGCAGGCUACAUCAACCCCAAUGUCACCUACCACAUGACCUCUAUCUACGACUACUCCAUCUUCGAGGCAUUCUCCAGGGUUGUCCAGAAGUUGAUACCACAUCUGGACACCCUGGAGAACCUCAUGAACACCCUGGUGAACAACAGUGGGAUGGCGAAGGCGUACCUCUUCGACAUUUUGACCAAGGUCUACGUGGCCAGCGACACGCGGCCGGUGGACAUGGAGGUGUACGAAAUGUGCGCCGACUACAUCGACGUCACGGUCGAUAUCACCGACCUGUACGGCCAUGAGCGCAAGCAUGGCGUGGUGUUGGGCGAGCAGAUGGAGGAGACGGAGUCGUCCAUGAUCAUUCAUGACGGCUCCAUGAUCUAUCUCAAAGAGAUGAAUCGAUAUCUCUGCUUGGUGACCAUCAUCAAGAACCCGGAGGCCAAGGACAAGAAGGGCCUGAUCGACUACAACGUCCACUGCUUCCAGGACUCGUUGAACGAGUUGCUGGCGCAGGCGUGGCGCGAGGACAAGACGGGCGGAGAGGGCCAGAAUGGCGAGGGUGCGGACCAGGAGGGUCAACAGGCCCAGGCCGAGAAUUGA